AUGCAUUUAAGUCCUUCCAUUUAAAAACGAGACUCUCCAAAUGAAAUUCUUAGAGCAAGAAUGGAAAAGAAACCCAGUGGGAGAUUUACUUUUCUUAAAACUCAAUAGGAAAAUACUUGUUAAUAGUAAGUACAAAAUAACAGAGAUCGCAUCAAAUCUAAUUUAAGAGGUAUUGAAUUUUGGUAAUAGAUAGGAUAGAUUCUGCACAUUCUAAAUAGACCCUUGCCUGUUACCAAAGAUCAAAUUGAAGAAUUACUAGAUUUAGGCAAAAAAUUAGAUAUAGAAAUUAAUACAAUGGACUCUGAAUUCAUUUGUCCGAAUACUAAAGAAUUUCAUGAGAAUUAUGAUAUCUUAGAAGUAUUAGGAGAAGGAUGUUUAGGGUUAGUAAAGAAGAUUAUUCAUAAAACUUCUUAAGAUCUGUAUGCUGUCAAAAUUGUAUAGACUCAAGAUGAUGAAAUAAUUAGAAAUUUUAAAAGAUUAAUUAAGUUGUCACAUGAAAACAUCGUUAAAGUACAUAAAUUAUAUGUUGAUUUUGAUAACAGCUUCUAAUCUGAAAGAUAGGAAAUGUUUGUAGUUUUAAAUUCUUUGGGACAUUAUUGUGAAGCUGAUGCUAAAGAAAUCUUUAAAUAGUUAUUAAGUGCUAUUGAAUAUAUGCAUAGAAAUGGAAUUUGUCAUAGAGAUUUAAAACCAAACAAUAUUCUUUGUGUAAAUAACAAAAAGUAAAUCAAAGUGACAGACUUUAAUGUGAGCAAAUUUAGUGAUUCAUAUAAGGAAUUUGGAGAUUUGAAGGACAGAGAGAAAAUUGAAAUGUGGACAUAUACUGGAACAGUGGCAUUUUCUGCUCCUGAAAUCUUCACAGGAGAAGGAUACAAUUAGAUGGUUGAUAUGUGGAGUGCAGGGUGCAUUUUAUAUUCAAUGUUAUCGGGAUAAUUACCAUUCAAUGCAGAUUAUCUCAAUGAUUUGAUAGAUAAUAUUAAAGAGGCCAAGAUUAACUUCCCUGUUGAAUUAUUUGAAGGAGUUUCAGAAGAAGCCAAAGAUCUGAUCACUCAAUUACUUUAAAAAGAUUGGGCAUUAAGACCUCAUCCUGAUUCUGCAUUGAAACAUGGAUGGAUUAGUGAAGAUUAGAAGUUAUUGGAAAGUCAAAGAAAAGGAAUGAUCCAAGAUUAAUUCUGA